ACUUAUUCCAGUAAAACAGAAAUUACACACUUUUGACCAGGCAGUGUCUUGGGACAUUCACACACACUCCUCUGCUCCUGAACCGUCAGCUCAGGUAAGCAACAGUUGUGCUGAAGAUGGGACAUCUAAAUGUUGUGGCUGUUAUGGCAGUGUUCUUCAGCCUUUUCAUGGAAACUGAAGCCAAUCCAUUUGUUUACAACUAUGAAAGGCUACGAAUCGCAGGCCUGAUCUGUGCCUGCCUGUUGUUUGCUGGAGGACUCACCAUUAUACUCUAUAACAAGUGCACCACCAGGAGCAAAAAAGUGGAAGAUGACAACAGUGAAAUCUGAUAUGGCGCCUGACAAACCGGUUUUGGCCAGGAAGAAGACCUGACAGGCAAGGGGUGGAGAGAUUUGGGUGCGUGGUUGGGGGGGUUGGAGGAAACACACCAGCUCAGAUGAUUACACCUGUACAGACAUGUGCGAAGAAAAACUUAGGCAAGAUGAGAAAGCAGUCUCGUAGAUUGACAUGUCAUGAGUAAGAUGAAAUAAAUGAAACCCCCUUAUGUUUUCUUUUUUUCAAAAUGAUACUGAAAUGAAUACUUAUUUGUAAAUCAGGGUUACCUCUCUUCAAAGACGUAUAUCCAUGGUGGACCUCCACAAUUAAGUCUGUCUCACAUGCUGCUUAGUUUAGUCAUUAUCAUAAUGUUGCAUAGCUCCUAAAAUAGUACAUGAUGUGAUGUUUAUGGCCUGCUGUUCAUUGUUUUGCUGUGUGAUAAACUAGUUAGAUUAAUCAUGUGGUCAGCCAUUUCAGUUCUGACAAGAUAAGGACGGAAAUGUUAGAAACCUUUGAUGUACACACCCAAAAUGAAAAUAAAUGUCACUAUGCCAAACCAAA